GGUAUUAUCUUAUUCCCGCUAUUUCUCGAUGAAAUAAAGAAUAACUUGUGCUGUUAUUUUUAUUUUUAAUUAUCUUAUAUCUCACUAACGCUUUCACAUUAUGACGAGUUCUGUCAGUACAAAUCCAUCAACGUUAUUGCCUUUAGAAUUAGUUGAUAAAUGUAUCGGUUCUCGGAUACAUAUUAUUAUGAAAAACGAUAAAGAAAUUGUCGGCACCUUGUUAGGUUUUGAUGAUUUUGUAAAUAUGCUGCUCGAAGAUGUGACAGAAAGCGAAGCAACACCCGAGGGACGAAGAGUCACCAAGCUUGAUCAAAUACUGCUUAACGGAAGCAAUAUCACAAUGCUUGUACCUGGUGGAGAAAUGCCUGACACGUAAAAAAGUAACUUUUUCUGGUAUAUUUUGUACAAUAAAAAUUUGAUCUGUAAUUUACGCGUAUCUACUACAGAAUAUUAAAAAUAUCUGUCGAUUAAGAAUAACAAUUCAAAUAAAUAUUAAGAACAAAGUA